AUGGACAAAUUUGAAAAUCAGUUAGAGGAUGUCGAUGUACAAACAUCGUACAUGGAGAACACUAUGAGUACAACUACGGCAUCUGGCAUGCCGCAAGACCAAGUCGACUUGCUUUUGCAGCAAGUGGCUGACGAGAAUGGCAUGGAACUUCAUCAACAAUUGGGCAAGGCUGGUCUAGCUGGCAAAGUAUCUGAGCUCCCUACGGAAAUGAGCUCGGCACGACGCAAUGCGCCAUCCGCUGACCAAGACGAGGCGCUAGCGCAAAGGCUCCGAGCGUUACGUCCUGCCACAUAA